AUGCCUGGUGUCAGCCAUCAACACAAGUAUUCAGAGUAUCUCGUCGUUGGACGCAGACUUCCGACCGAAGUCGAUCCAACGCCAAAGCUCUACAGAAUGAGAAUAUUUGCACCAAAUGAGGUCGUUGCAAAGUCACGUUUCUGGUACUUUGUUGGACAGUACAGAAAGAUGAAGAAGGGUACUGGUGAGAUUGUUUCUCUCAACGUGAUCAGCGAGAAGAAGCCACUCAAGCCAAAGAACUUUGGUAUCUGGUUGAGAUACGAUUCACGUUCUGGUAUCCACAACAUGUACAAGGAGUUCCGCGAAUUGUCACGUGUUGACGCUGUUCAAGCUCUUUACCAGGACAUGGCUGCCAGACACAGAGCUCGUUUCCGUUCUGUACAAAUUCUCCGUGUUGCUGAGAUCGAGAAGACUGAGGACAUUCGUAGACCAUACAUCCGUCAACUCCUCACUAAGAACCUCAAGUUCCCACUCCCUCACAACAGAAACAAGAACUACAGAUCUUCAUUCCAAGCUAAGCGUCCUUCCACCUUCGCUUAA